GGCUGGACACUUGUCAUGCCGGAGCUGACUUCGAAGGGCACUACCAUCUCCAAGAAAGGCUUCAAGAGAGCUGUAGCCAAAACCCAGAAGAGAGGGAAAAAGCGCAGGAGAUGCCGGAAAGAGAGCUAUUCUAUCUACAUCUACAAGGUGCUGAAGCAGGUGCACCCCGACACGGGCAUCUCGUCCAAGGCCAUGGGCAUCAUGAACUCGUUCGUCAACGACAUCUUCGAGCGCAUCGCGGGCGAGGCGUCGCGCCUGGCGCAUUACAACAAGCGCUCGACCAUCACGUCCAGGGAGAUCCAGACGGCCGUGCGCCUGCUGCUGCCCGGGGAGCUGGCCAAGCACGCCGUGUCCGAGGGCACCAAGGCCGUCACCAAGUACACCAGCUCCAAGUAAACGUGCC